AUGGACCACCAGGAGCCCUACUCGGCGCAGGCCACCGCGGCCAUCGCGGCCGUCAUCACCUUCCUCAUCCUCUUCACCGUCUUCGGCAACGUGCUGGUCAUCUUGGCCGUGCUGACCAGCCGCGCGCUGCGCGCCCCGCAGAACCUGUUCCUGGUGUCGCUGGCCGCCGCCGACAUCCUGGUGGCCGCGCUCAUCAUCCCCUUCUCGCUGGCCAACGAGCUGCUGGGCUACUGGUACUUUCGGCGCACCUGGUGCGAGGUGUACCUGGCGCUCGACGUGCUCUUCUGCACCGCGUCCAUCGUGCACCUCUGCGCCAUCAGCCUGGACCGCUACUGGGCGGUGAGCCGGGCCCCCGAGUACAACUCCAAGCGCACCCCGCGCCGCAUCAAGGGCAUCAUCCUCACCGUGUGGCUCAUCGCGGCCGUCAUCUCGCUGCCGCCCCUCGUCUACAAGGGGGACCCGGGCCCGCAGCCCCGAGGGCGCCCGCAGUGCAAGCUCAACCAAGAGGCCUGGUACAUCUUGGCCUCCAGCAUCGGCUCCUUCUUCGCGCCCUGCCUCAUCAUGAUCCUCGUGUACCUGCGCAUCUACCUGAUCGCCAGGCGCAGCCACCGUCGAGGGCCCAGGCCCAGGGGCCACCGGGGCCAGGGUGAAUCUCAGCAGACCUCCAGGCCCACUCGAGGAGCUGCUGCUGCCUCCACCAAGCUGUGCAACCUGGUCUCUUCUCUGGCUGUGGCCGGAGAGGCUGCUGGCCUCUCCAAGAAAACUCCAGGGGAGAACGUGGAGGUAGGGCCCCCCGAAGAUCCCGAGGCCUUGCCCGCCAGCAUGACUGCCCUUCCCAAAUCCGGUCAGGAGCCAAAGGAAAGUGUGUGUGUGGCAUCUGCAGAGGAGGAAGCUGAAGAGGAGGAGGAGGAAGAGGAGGAAGAUGAGGAGGAGGGAGGACCCCACACCAUGCCCCCCGCCCCUGCCCCUGCAUCACCUCACAGCCCCCCACUGCAGCAGCCCCCCGGCGUCCGCGUGCUGGCCACUCUCCGGGGCCAGGUGGUCCUGAGCAGGGCCGUGGGGACAGCCAGUGUCCAGUGGUGGCGGCGGCGAACGCAGCUGAGCCGAGAGAGGCGCUUCACUUUCGUGCUGGCCGUGGUCAUCGGCGUCUUCGUGCUCUGCUGGUUCCCCUUUUUCUUCAGCUACAGCCUGGGUGCCAUCUGCCCCCAGCGCUGCAGGGUGCCCCACGGGCUCUUCCAGUUCUUCUUCUGGAUCGGCUACUGCAACAGCUCCCUGAACCCCGUCAUCUACACCAUCUUCAACCAGGACUUCCGCCGUGCCUUCCGGAGGCUCCUCUGCCGGCAGUGGACCCAGACGGCCUGGUGA